ACAUUCCAAAUAUUGCUCUAUUUAAAGCAUCCCAAGGCUCACAAGAACAACUGCAGAGACAAACCUUAAAACUUGCCAAUAAAACUAGCAGAGGGGGGAAUGGCAGAACCAGCCCAAGUCCCACUUUCACGUCUCGUCGUACCUAUACUCCUUGCAGUUGGCUGGAUAGUGGGUUGUGCAGUAAUGGUUUACAUUGUCUUCUCUUGAUAGAAGACAGAAGAAUUUACAGUUAUGUUGAUUAGAAGAACCUGGAAGUUAAAUUGAAAUUUCUAAUGACUACAAUAUGUAUAAAAUGAGUUACUUUUAAUAUCAACACUGUAAACAUGGUGUACACUUUUCAUCUACAACAAAGGUUUGAAAUGCUAAUUAGAGCAUUAGGAAGAAUCAUUAAACCAAUUUCCCAGUU